AUGGUUAGAAAUAUACCAAAAUACACAUCAGUAAAAAUUCUUAAAAAUUUAAUGCAAGAAAAUGGUUUUGGUGAUAUAAAAACAAAAGAAAGACAACUUGAAGCUCUUAACACAUUGAAUGGAUUAAAAUUUAAAAAUAAAAAAUUACUUGCACGAAUUGAUGACAUCACUGAACAAGAUCGACAGGCUAAGUUUGAAAGAAGGAAUAAGCAAAAACAAAAGAAUCUUCUGGAUCAAGAUGGAAUACAACAACGUUCACCGGAAGAAUUACUUGCAGAUCAAGUCACACCUUGGCAUAAAAUUCCAUAUGAGAUUCAAUUGGAAAAUAAACAAAAUGAUAUUAGGAAAUUUAUUAUAAACUUACGACAAAAGAUUAGCAACAUUGAAAAAGAUUACUACAAUGAUAAUUUGCCAGAGUGGCUUUCUGUAGAAUCAGAAUUAAAUAAUUUCUGUGACUUCUUGCCGAUUCUUCGAUCUCCAAUAACAGAAGGUUAUAGAAAUAAAUGUGAAUUUACUAUUGGAUUAAAUCUUGAUAAAGAAAAAACUGUUGGAUUUUUAUUGGGAGCAUAUAAAGAUGGGCUGGUUUCAGUUUUGGAACCUAAUAAAACAAUUCACGUUAGUGAUGUAGCAAAAAAAUUAGCAAAAGGAAUGCAAGAUUAUGUUCGUAAUUCACAAUAUGAUAUAUAUGAUCGUAGGACUAAGCAAGUGAUGAUUAUAGUUCAACUGCAUCCACAAAAUUUAACCGAAGAACAACUUGGUCAAGAAAAAAUCAAAUUAACAAAUUAUUUUCAAGCAUUUUCCAAAAAUGAAAAUUUUAAUUUGACUUGUUUAUUAAUUCAAUUGUUUGAUGGAGUUAGUAAUGGAAUGUCUGAUAAAGUUCCAUAUGAACUUUUAUACGGAACAUCAUAUAUUCAUGAAGAGAUGAUGAAUUGUAGAUUUCGUGUUUCUCCAUUAGCAUUUUUUCAAACAAAUACAGCAGCAGCAGAAGUUUUAUAUAAUCAAUGUAGGACAAUAGGUAUAGCAUUAUCAAAGAAAUUAGGAAAUAAAAUUAAAGGUGUUAUUGGAAUUGAACUUUCUACAGAAGCAAUUGAAGACGCAAAGAUUAACUCCAUUUUAAAUGGUAUUGAAAAUGCUGAAUAUAUUGUUGGUCCAGUUGAAAAUAAUCUACGCACUUUAAAUAAUUUUAACAACUCUCGACCAGGAUCACUUAUUGCAAUUUUGGAUCCACCUCGUGCUGGAGUUCAUAAAAGUGUCAUCAAAGCAAUACGACAGUGUCAAGCAAUUUCUAAUUUCAUCUACAUAUCAUACCUCAAUCCAGAUAAAAAUUUGUCACCACCAACAUUACGACCUACAACUUACGCUGUAGGACAAACCGAAGGAUAUUAUUCAGAGGAUAAAAAUGAACUUGGAGGCGGACCUGAAUUGAUUGCCGAAGCUAAUGAUCGGGAUGAUAAAGAUGAAUCAAGACAAUUAACUUCUUUAGUUGCAGCAUCCCAUCGAAAGGAUAGACCACCUGAAGCUAAACGUGAAAGUGCAAUUAAGGCAUCAUCAUUAUAUCAAAACCUUACAGGACAACCUUUAGAAAUCAACGAAGGAGGCGAAGUCGUAACAGAUACAAGAAUCAGUGCAGGUUAA